AUAAUAAUAAUACAAUAUCUUCUCAUAACUCUGUCCCUCAUCUUCCUCCCCAAUUCCAAUUCCAAUUCCAAUUCCAAUAUCCAUAACAUGGAAUCAGACCCAUUGCUACUUUAUUCCCAUCCAACCCAAAAACCCAACAACAAUGAUCCAAGCACAUCCGACCCGGUUUGGCAACAAGCCGUCGUCUCUUUAAACCAUUCAAGUUCAAGAAAAAAAAAGUUUCAAAGGUGCAAAACUGCACCCCAGUUAGUAGUUAUGCCCGAAAACCCCCCGGGCAUAACUACUAACCCAAAACCAAGUUCUGCAUCCCUUGUUAGACAGGCUGCAGUUUUACUAGUCCUUUAUCUUACUUUAGGGGUAACAAUUUAUUAUUUUAACCGUGAUCAUUUUUCGGGUUUAGAAACACAUCCUAUAGUUGAUGCAUUAUAUUUUUGUAUAGUUACUAUGUGUACUAUUGGGUACGGGGACAUUGCCCCCGUAACACCUACUGCUAAAUUAUUUUCAUGUUUUUUCGUAUUAGUAGGUUUCGGUUUUAUUGAUAUUAUGUUAUCUGGGGUAGUGAAUUAUGUUCUAGAUUUGCAAGAAAAUAUGUUAAUGAAUAGUUCUAGAGUUGAUCAUCCAAUAGAGACAAAGUUUUCGCCUAUAGAUUAUAUAUAUGAUUUUGCAAAAGGGAGAAUUCGGAUUAGGCUGAAGGUUUGUUUAGCACUAUGUGUGGUUCUGUUAAGUAUUGGAAUUGGGACUUUUGUGUUGUAUUAUGUUGAGGAUUUGGGUUGGGUUGAUUCUUUGUAUUUAUCGGUUUUAUCGGUUACUACUGUUGGUUAUGGAGAUAGGGCUUUUAGGACACUUCUUGGAAGAUUGUUUGCAUCUUUUUGGCUUCUGUUUUCUACACUUAUGGUGGCGCGGGCUUUUUUGUAUCUAACUGAGGCUAGAAUUGAUAAGAGGCAUCGUAGAUUAGCGAAUUGGGUUUUGCAUAGGCAAAUUACUGUUAAAGACUUGCUUGAUGCCGAUAUCAAUAACAGUGGCUUCCUCAGCAAAAGUGAAUAUAUAGUGUUUAAGUUGAAAGAAAUGCAGAAGAUAGAAGAAAGGGAUAUAAUGGAGAUAUGCAAUCAAUUCAGCAAGCUUGAUAGUAGCAAUUCUGGCAAGAUAACAAUGCGUCGUCUCAUUGCAGGUCGCAGCAUUUAAUUUAUUUCUUAUUCAUUUCAACCAAUUAUCAAAAAGAUGUAUAGGUGGUUGUGACUAUUUGUAAAGAGACUUAUGGUAUAUAUGAUUUAUGAUUAUUAGUUGGGUUUGUGUA